AUGGCUUGGUUUGAAGGUGCAGAAAUUAAAGCUAGAAUUAUUUAUUUUAUUUGCGUUCUUUUACUUGUUUUAGGUGUUCUUUCAAUUUUUACAACACCAAUUAUCGGUUUUAUUUUAUUGUUUGGUAAUGUUAUUAUUGCAGUUUGUGGGGCAGCAGGUGCUAAGUUUAACUCUCCAAGACUCCUUUGGUAUUUUAUGGCCGGUUUAGCAAUUUUAUGUGUUUUACCAAUUAUCUCAAUUAUUUAUACAGUUAUUAAGGAUGGUUUCACUUUUUGGUUAAUCGUAAAUAUUUUAACAAUUGUUGUUUAUGGUGCUGGUAUUUUCCUUGCCUUCGUCUUGAGAGGAAGAUCAUUCAGAUUAAAUUCAGCCGAGACUGGUAACUUCCAAAAACUUUAA